AUGACAUUUGGGGCGUGGAACGUGAGAACGCUUCUUGAUCGAGAUGGCAACGCCUGCCCUGAACGCAAGACCGCCAUAGUAGCUCGGGAACUUCAUCGCUACCACGUAGAUGUGGCUGCUCUCAGCGAAACACAUCUUGCCGAUGAAGGAGAGCUGGUGGAAGUAGGUGCUGGUUAUAUUUUCUUCUGGAAAGGUACCGCUGCCUCUGAAACGCGACAUUCAGGUGUAGGAUUUGCCAUCAAGAAUCACUUAGUAAAGCGAUUAGAGGAGUACCCUGUACAUAUCUCGGACCGCAUUACCACACUGCGAGUUCACCUGGAUAAAGACAAUUACCUUAAUGUCAUCAGUGUAUAUGCUCCAACGCUUGACAAGUCUGAUGACAUUAAGGACAAAUUCUAUGGGGAAGUGACUCUUUGCCUUGACAGCAUAAACGCCAGAGAGCAGGUACUAUUGCUGGGCGACUUCAAUGCCAGGGUCGGUCGGGACUAUGAGGCUUGGCCUGGAGUUCUGGGUAGACACGGAGUCGGCAACAUUAACAGCAAUGGUCAGUUGCUGCUCAGUCUUUGUGCUCAAUACGGUCUAGCAAUUACGAACACUAUGUUUAGACUUGCCGCUAAGUACAAGACAACAUGGAUGCACCCAAGAUCCAAGCACUGGCAUUUGAUCGACUAUGCUAUCGUAAGGCAAAGAGAUUUCAGCCAAGUGCAGAUCACCCGUGUUAUGCGUGGUGCACACUGCUGGUCUGACCACCGACUUAUUGUCACUAAGCUACGACUCCGCCUCCGCCGCCCGCGUAGAUCUCCUAUGAAAAAGCUUGCGUCUUUGGACAUAGACAAGCUAAGAGAUCCUGAGGUGAGGAAGAACUAUGCUGAAGUUUUGUCUAAGAAGCUGUUGCCAGUUAAUGAGACAGGUGAUGCUGAUGCUGACUGGGGAGCUUUAUCAUCUCAUAUCAUGGAUACCGCUUCAAUUGCACUGGGCCAUUUCGAUAGAGGCACCCGUCACCACAGAAGGCGUAAAGGAAGCGUUGCGGCGGUCAAAGCUAGCGACCUCGAAUUGCGCAAGCUAUCUCGACAAAUAAAAGACAAGUGGUUGCAGGACAAAGCUAUUCAUAUGCAAUGGCUCACUGACACAAACCAGCUCGGAGAGCUGAUCAAGUACGAUGGAGAGGAUUUGCACACGUUGGUUUGGGAACUGUUUGUUCGUAUGUGGGAGGAAGAGCGCGUUCCGGAUAGCUUUAAAGUAUCGCGCAUAACUGCUCUCUAUAAGAACAGGGGCGACCGAUCUGACUGCGACUCCUACCGCGGUAUUUCGCUCCUAUCGGCCCCGGGAAAGGUCUUUGCUAGGGUACUCUUAAACCGCCUAAAGGACUUAUCUGAAAAGAUCCUGCCCGAAACUCAGUUUGACUUCCGAUCGGAUCGAGGCACAUGCGAAGCGAUCUUCUCUGUGCGUCAACUACAAGAAAAGAGCAGAGAACAGGGUCGUCAGCUGUACCUCUGUUUUGUUGACCUGGAGAAGGCUUUUGACAGCGUGCCUCGCGAAGCCUUGUGGCUGGUGUUACGGAAACUCGGAUGCACGGAAAAUUUUGUGGCGCUUCUUAGACUCCUGCAUGACGACAUGCAAUGCUGCGUCACUGUAGAUGGUGAACAGUAA